AUGUUUUCCCGACAAUGUCCUGGCCAGUACCCACUGGCGUUGUUAUGCGCGCUGGCUGCUCUGGGAGUGACUUGGCGGCCGGCAACGGCGGGUCGAAGUUGCACUGAGAGUCGACAGGUAUACGCAGAAAAGGGGUACAACCUUAACACAGCCCCGCUGACGCAGAUCUCAGGUGAGCACUUGCGGCUGUGUCCCCAGGAUUAUACCUGCUGCUCCAGUGUGAUGGAAGAAGCACUGGCCCGCAAGAGCGAGGUGGACUUCCUGUCAGCUAUCGAUGACACAAGCCAGUUCCUGCUCACCACCUUCACCCAAAGGCAUCGCAAAUUUGAUGAAUUCUUCCGUGAGUUGAUUGAACUGGCAGAGAAGUCAAUGAAUCAGAUGUUCACCAAGACGUACGGCAAACUAUACACUCAGAACGCGCGUGUCUUCCAGGACCUGUUCGUCGAUCUGCGGCGCUACUACACCGGGGGUAACGUGAGCUUGGGGGAGGUCCUGGCAGAGUUCUGGUCUCGCUUGGUGGAGAGGGUAUUCUCGCUGGUGAACCCCCAGUACCAGUUCAGCGAGGAGUAUCUGGAGUGUGUCAGCAAACACGCGGAGCAACUGCAGCCGUUCGGGGAUCUGCCUCGCAAGCUGCGCAUACAGGUGUCGAGGGCUUUCAUCGCCUCCAGAGCAUUGGUCCAGGGUCUGGCCACCGGUCGGGACAUCGUCAGCAAGGCAGCCAAGCUGAGUGCGGGGGGGGAGUGCGUUCGGGCGCUGAUGCGGCAGUGGUACUGCCCUUUGUGCCGUGGCACGCCCUCCCUGCGGCCCUGCCGCGCCUUCUGCCUCAACGUGAUGAAGGGCUGCCUGGCCAAUCAUGCCGACCUGGACACCGAGUGGAACAACUUCAUUGACGCUCUGAUGCAGGUGUCGGAGAAGCUGGAGGGCCCGUUUAACAUGGAGCUGGCGGCCGACUCCAUCUCGGUGAAGGUGUCUGAGGCCAUUAUGCACAUGCAGGAGAACAGUGUCAGCACCUCCACCAAGGUGUUCCAGGGUUGUGGCAGCCCUCGGCCAGCCCCGGGGCGGUCUCGGCGCUCGCCCAGGGAUCAGGGAGGUAACAGGAGGCCCUUCCGUACCUACAGCCCCGAGGAGAAGCCCACCACGGCCGCCGGGACUAAUUUGGACCGCCUGGUUUCGGACCUGAAGGAGCGCCUACGGCCCAUGAGAGGAUUCUGGGUGUCACUCCCCUACACGAUCUGUAACGAUGACAAGAUGGCUGCCGACCUCACCAACGAAGACAGGUGCUGGAAUGGACAGACAAGGGGAAGGUACUUGCCAGAUGUGACAGGGGAUGGGCUGGUCAGCCAGAUAAAUAAUCCGGAGGUGGAGGUGGACAUUGCCCGACCAGAUGUACGCAUUCGUCAGCUUAUCAUGGAGCUCCGCGUCGCCACCAACAGGCUGAGACACGCACAAACUGGACAGGACACUGACUUCAUCGACAGUGAGGAAGGCAGUGGGUCAGGAGGUGGGACGGGAGGAGAGAGGUACAGUGACGAUUGGCCAGGCUACGGGCCUUACUCUCCACCCUAUGGCAAGCCCCCACGGAACCCGUCAGGUCCAAACAAGCCACCCCGUAUCAGGGACAGACCCGGACCAAAGUGGACCCGGCCCAACCCGGGUCAUGGUGGCCAUGUGAAGUCAGGGGUCUCCCGACCAACUGCCUGUGUAGCCACCCUCCUACUCCUGACCAUCGCUGCCGUCAUGUGGAGAUAG